AUGUUAACCCUCUCCCGAGAACUGUCAGUCCAUUAUUCGCCCCUAUUAACUGAUUGCUUCUUCGUCCGUCCCAACGUCUGCCCCUCUUCAGAAACGGCAGCAGCUGAAGUUAAGGUGUUUUCUUUCAUCUUCCUUCACUUUCUCAUUUUUACGCUUUUUCUUACUUUCUUCUAUUUAAUUUUUCUUUCUUUCUUUCUUUCUUUCUUUCUUUCUUUCUUUCUUUCUUUCUUUCUUUCUUUCUACAAGCAAUUUUACUUUCUUAUUCUAUCCUGUUUUUUUUUUCUCUCCAACCACUUCUCUAACUUCUUUUGUCUUCUCUUCCCUUCACUAUAUUUACUCCUUCAGUCUUCUCUUAAAACUUCCUCCCCGCCUUUAUUCUCCUUUUUCUUCCCCCCUCCUCAUUCUUUUUUUUUUUUUGUUUUUUCCCCAUCCAUUUUUUUAAUGUACAUCCGGGCACUACCGACACAACUGUCACUUUCACAUGUCCACAGAAGCGGUUCUCGUCUGCUCCUCUCCAUCCCUUCCUUAAAAAAAAAAAUGUUUAUUCUUUUUGUUAAAUUGACUUUUUUUUUCUGA